AUCAUACCUGUCCUCAAUCCAAUUAAUCAAUGAAGGCUAUGGGUCAAGGUUAGAAUGUAAAUCCAAUGUUUCUAUUGGAUGUCACUUAGUCUGAGCGUAAUAUGACAAGCUAAUUCAACCAAUCAAAUUUCGAGUAGACACGAUAUUGUUUGUAGCAUACACACCAAAUUAACGUAUUUGUAUAGAGACGGGCGUACCAUGUUAUUAUUUUAAUCUGUUUCAAUUAGGCACGUGUUUAUUCACUCAGGAAUUUCAUCAAGCUAUAUCGGUUCAUUUUCUGUCCAUGUGAAGUUCCUUUCGGAUUUAAUGAUGUCUAUAUCAUGUGCAGGAUGUGGUGGUCCCAUAAUGGAAAAAACCCUUUUAAACGCCAUCGAUCGUUUUUGGCAUACUUCAUGUCUUAAUUGUUCAUGUUGUGGUCUACGAUUAGAUGAAUUGGGACCUUCUGUUUUCGUUCGCUCAAACAUGCUACUGUGUCGACAAGAUUACCUUAAGGUGAUGAGCAUGCCGAUUCAUUAACUCACUCUAUGCCAUUCGAGGGAGGAAAAGUUGAUAAACUUGGCUUCACGUCAAGCUUUACUUCAUUUGCGUAACGAAAGAUUAUUCAGGGAACAACUCACCAUAGGAAAUGCCAUGCAAUUGAUGUCUCUUCUAAUUUAGGCAAAGUAUGAAUAUCUACUUAGAUAUACGAGUCGUUGUGGAUAAUGAAACAUUUCAUGACACAGUGCAAUGCUUCGAAACAGUGCCAGCAUAUGCGUAUGGUUAACUCUGUACAAAAUCUAACACUUUUCACUCACUGUUUCACCUGCUUUUCAACACAAAAAACCAACAACAACAACAACUGUGGAAUUCUCUUUGAAAGAGAAUUGUAUCAACAGUUUGUUUCUAUGAUAUUAUAUGUGAAAUUAAACGAAGUUGUUUGGUCUUUCGGGAACAUGCGCAAAAUGUCGAGUUCAAAUUCCCCCAGACGAACUUGUCAUGAGAUGUCAAGAUAAAGUGUAUCAUAUGAAUUGUUUCUGUUGUACACAAUGUCAUACUCCAUUGCAUCCCGGUGAUAAAGUUUGCAUUAUGGAUGGUAAUUUAUUCUGUGAGCAUGAAUUUCCUCAUUUGUUCUCUGGACCAUCAAAAUUAAAUUCAUUAAGAUUAACAUCAUCUUCUGCAAGUCCUUGUACUUCUAAUGAUUCUGAUAUUGGACGUGGUCAAAUGAUGAAUGAGUUACCAUCGAAAAUAAAUGGUUUUCCAUCGUCUUCUAGAUCGUUUAAUAUGAAUCCUUCAUCUUUAGAACAGCAGCAACAACAACAAUCAGCUCUCCCUAAUAAACUUAUAUUUUCACAGUCUGAUAUAAUGUCAACUCUUAGCCCUCAUCCAUCCAGUCCAAAUAUGUCAUUUCCUAACAACAAUAUUCAACAAAAUCAAGAUAAUGGUCAACCGAUUAUACCACAUGGCUUUUAUGUUACAGACGUUGAACAGCAGCAGCCUUUCAAUGAUGCACUCAAUAAUGUACAAAACACAUCAGAUAAACCCUUAAAAUCCUCCAUGGUCAACACGGCAGCUGAGACAACUACUGGUAGAAAGAAGCAACAAAAAAAAGUGGACAAUCGUCGAUGCCCCGCUCUUCGUGUUUGUUGAACCUGGGAGACUAAAUUUGUGUAACACAUUGUGAUUGGUCCUCAAGACCACAACUUUUUUCCCCUGCCAAUUUCAAUUUUGUUUUCAUGGUUCCCAAUCCCCCCCACCUACGUGCCAUUUUUACUCAUUUCACUUCGUUUACAACACACGUCAGAUUAAAUUAAGAGAAGAGUGGAUAUAAGGUUUAUUGUUUUUCUUAUAUUAUUCACCUUUUUUUAUAAAUAUCUUUGACCAAAAUAUUCAGAGAUACGUGUGAAUACUUAAAGAAAAACAAUUGCGCAAAAUUGAUGAUACGUACCGUACCAGAAAAAUGAGUGUGAAUGUGCAACAAGAACACACAUUCAUCACUAUUCUUUGAAUAAAAAAGUCUGUACAAAUUUCUUCUGUGCUGUUUAAUAUUUUUCAGAUGGGGAAAUAACUAAAGAAGUUAUAUACAACAUUUAAUAAACACACCACCUUUGUAUUUCUUUUUUUACGCUGUUUAAAACAGAGGAAUAUCAUUAUAUUAUAUGUGCAGUGAACUGAAGUCUAUUUUGUUGCUACCCCGAUUCCAGUGUAUGAUAUUUGAAAAUAGGAAGCUCUUAUUAUUUAUUUAAAACAAUUAGUCCCUUUUUUAUAAUUUUGAGAUAGAGUGUCAUUAGCAGACGGUGAUGAUUAUCUGAAAAGUGGGAUGUAUUCACGCAAUACAUUUCAAACAAUUUGACCACACAUUUACUUGUCAAGUCAAUUUAU